CGCGCACCGAGGAGGACCGCAGCAUGGAGCGGAUCGCGAGUACAUUCCGCACCGACGACUACACGACCAACCUGUACGAGCGGCUGUCCGACUUUUCGCCGCUGUCCGAGGGCGUGGCCGACUUCACCACGCCCACCGCCAUGCCCCUCCUCCCCGACAUGCCCACCCGCUCGCGCAAACUGCUGGAGGACCUCGGCAGCUCGCCCAUUACUGAGUCGCUGCUCGCCAUGCAGCCCCAGAAAGCAGGCAAGCCGCGCUACGCUGAGACGAAGCAGCACCCUGAGGAGACGGUGCGCAGGUCGUAUCCUGAGAACUACGGCACCCUGGGCGGCAGUUCGCGCAAACCUUUGAAGAACAGCGAGCGGCACCGCGGCGGGGGCGGCAACCCCGCCUCCGGGGGCCACCACCGCGCCUCCGAGGGGACCAAGCAGCCAAAGAAAUCGCAAGCACCCGAUCUACAGCACGCACAGAAGAAAUACAACUUUCCUGUGAAGCACCUCUUCCUGACCCGCGACCCUGAGGACAGAACUGUCGGUGGCAACGGACUUGGCAUGAAAGUCGUCGGUGGCAAGGAAAUCCCAAACUCCGGCGGCCAACUUGCAGCCUUUGUUUCUAAAAUUUAUCCUAGAGGCGUUGUGGACACUUUCGGCGACAUUGAAGAGAACGAUCAGAUUUUGGAGUGGAACGGAAUCAGCCUUACUGACAAGACUUUCGAAGAGGUCCAGUCUGUUCUGUCGCAGUCCGUGGGAGACAUCGAGCUUAUAGUUAGAAGUCACCGCGACUUGGUGCCAAAGCCUGUUGUCACCAGUUCUGUCCAGCGGUAUCCGGACGUGGUGCUGAGCAACCACGAGCCCUGCAGCAAUUCCUCGUCUUACGAAAACUUGUCCAGCACAAGCAUGUGAGAAGCCAACUUCAUUCCUUUGAGUGUUUUCGAGAAAUUUAACCUUUUAUCCAAUCGAAUUAAUAUACCAAACAUCGUGUUGACAAUAAACACAGCACUUCCUCAUUUCUCCCGUUUCUCGCAGUCAAUGUUUUGGAAAAAUCUAAAAUGUGUCCUCCAAUUCUAAUAGACCUCACUGAGAUGAAUCUAAUUUCAAUUGAAACUGACAAACACACUAAAGAACUUGGUCAGUUGGGUUUUGAUUCGUCUCUUUGAGAUCUAUCAAGUAUGGUUUUGACUUCCAACAUAAAAAAAGAGGUUUUCUGUGAAAACACGAAUUGAAAUAUCUAAAAGUUUUCUGAUCCAAUUUCCUCAUCUCGUUUCUCACUAAUAAUAAUAAAGUAUAAUAUUGUAUUCGUCCAUAAAAGUUGUUGCAAACUAAUAAUUAAUUAUAUACUGACGCAAAGAAUGCUGGUUAUAUUGUACAAUUUGUUCUGUGAAAAAUAAUAAACCAUACACAUAUA